AUGGCAUUGGGUAUCAAACAGUUUAUCAAUGUCGCGGGCAUUGUACGCGACUUGAAGAGCUUCAAUUUCAGUAGCGUUUACGGCCAAUGGUUCGGGUACAUCAAUAUCAUAUUGUGUCUCGCACUGGGAAUUGCCAACCUGUUCCACGUAAGUGCGGUGAUCAUUUUUGGUAUAAUCGCGAUAAUACAAGGACUGGUCAUUCUAUUUAUCGAGAUUCCGUUUUUGUUGAAAAUCUGUCCGCUGAGUGACAAUUUCAUCGAGUUCAUCAAGAGGUUCGCCACAAACGGCAAAAGGGCGCUCUUUUACUUGGCAAUGGCCGCCGUUCAAUACUGCUCGAUGGCCGUGAUGGUCACCAGUUUGGUGGUCAUCGCAGCGGGCCUUACAAUUUCGGCACUCAGCUACACAGUGGCCUAUUUCAAGCACCAACAGUUCCAAAGCACCAGUGUGAUCAAGAACCCGGCAGACGACGAUUUCCCCCACGAAGCGGUUGUGCGUGAAAUGCUGUAG